GUUUUGUUUGCUGAGCAUACUAAAGAGUGUAAAUAAUGUCUUGUAUAAGUGGAACAGCACCUUCAAAACCUAUGUCUAGGUAGCAAAGGUCAGUGAGCUACUGGAUAAGGUAUAAACUUUUGACAGGUACCGUAGUUUCUUUUUUGACGAUUAACUAAUCAGCACUUUAAACUUUCCACUAACCAGGUUAAAAAAUUAAAAUGAAUGCAUUGCUCACGUAAAUCUUUCAAGGAGAUCAUGUCUGAAUGACCAAAGUCCACGGAUCCUUCAAGUAGCACAUCCAGUUUGAGUUGCUGCAUGGAGGGUUAGCAGCUAAUAUGCUGGAUCCACAUAGUGUUCCUUGGCUUUUGGCAACAAUAAUUCUUAUUUCUGGAUUAAUAUGUGAAUGUGGCGAUCCAUGGAGGACCAGACAGAAAAGAGAUACUUACAAUGACCAACCCCGAAUGACUUCGGAAAAUGGGAACUUAAUAUUUUCUACUGGUUUAACCAAAAAUAUUGAGUUCACAACUGGCUCCCAUGGGAAAAUUAAAAUCAACAAUGACGACCUCACAGAUCUUCUGGUUCAGAUUCACAAAAAUAAAGAAGAGAUUGAGGGUGUGAAAGGCAACAUGGUUGGGACCAGUCAGAAUGUUACAAAUCAGAUAACACAACUGAAUGCCAAGAUAAUUGAUAUUGAAGCCAGAUUUCAAAGUAUUCAACAGGCCAUUAGCAGGCAGGCAUGCAGCAGCAAUCCAUGCCAGAACUCCGGAACCUGUCUAAAUCUUUUGGAUUCCUUUCACUGUAUGUGCACAAGUAAAUGGCAGGGACCCAUCUGUGCUGAUGAUGUCAAUGAAUGUCAGAUUUACGAAGGGACUGCCUUGGGUUGUCAUAAUGGUGGCCUAUGCACCAACACACCUGGGAGUUACAGCUGUUCCUGUACUCCAGAAUGGUUCGGCCCUCAGUGUACCUCAAGGUACGAUGACUGUAGAGUCGACUCAACUGACCUUUGUGGACAUGGCUUCUGCAUAGACUUAGACAGAGUUCAGCAUAACCAGCCUAAAUACAAAUGUUUCUGUGAAGACGGCUGGAUGUCGCCACCAGGUAGUGCCGCCUGUACCGCGGACAUCGAUGAAUGUUCCCUUCCCAAUCCACCCUGCUCCCAGAAUCCUAAAGUCCAGUGUAUGAACACCAUGGGAUCAUUCACAUGUGGCCCUUGUCCAACAGGCUGGCAAGGGAAUGGUUAUAGUUGUCAGGAUAUCGAUGAAUGUCAGACAAACAAUGGUGGAUGUUCAACAGCUCCAUAUGUAAAAUGCAUGAAUACCAUGGGAUCCUAUCACUGCGGACCAUGUCCACCAGGUUAUGAAGGCGAUGGAAAGACUUGUACUCAAAUGGAUACCUGCUCAGUAAAUAAUGGAGGUUGCCAUCCGCUAGCAUCCUGCGCUCCCAUGGAAGAUAGCACUUUGCCGAUAUGUGUCUGUCCGCCUGGGUAUGAUGGGAAUGGAUAUGGACCCAGUGGCUGCCUGGCUGUCAGUGAUAUCUGCGAGAAACAGAACCCUUGUGUGAAUGGAGAUUGCCAGCCUACUGGGUCGGGUUAUACAUGUAAGUGUGAUUCCGGUUGGAACGGCAUUAAUUGUACAGAAAACAUCAAUGAAUGCUCCAGUAACCCCUGUCAAAAUGGCGGCAAUUGUAUCGAUGGGGUUAAUAGUUACAUCUGUAACUGCACCAGUGCUUGGACAGGCUUCCACUGUGAAACCCCCAAACAAGAUUGUGGUGGUGAUUUAACUGGUUUAUCGGGCACAUUCAGUUACCCAAACAAUCCUGGUGCUGAGCAAUAUGAACAUAUGGUGAGCUGUUCCUGGGUAAUCAGAACGGUACCAGACAAGAUUCUGCGUAUCACAUUUCCUUUUUUCCAUUUGGAAGCAAGUGCCAACUGUAACUCAGAUUAUCUUCAAAUUCAUGAUGGAGAAUCUAUUUCAGCGUCACAAUUAGGGAAAUACUGUGGAACACAGAUUCCAGAACAGAUCGUCAGCACUCAUAAUUCCUUAUUUUUCUUGUUCCGCUCCGACCACGUCACAAAUGCUGGAGGGUUUCGGGUUUCUUGGGAGUCCAUCCAAGCAGAAUGUGGUGGCCAGCUCGUUGGAACUCAUGGGUCAAUCUCCUCACCUGGAUAUCCUAACAAUUAUCCACCAAACCGUGAUUGUUAUUGGACAAUCUCAACCGAUCCAGGCCUUUCUAUCACAUUUUCUUUUGGUACACUAAACAUUGAACAACAUGAAGACUGUGAACAGGAUUAUCUAGAGAUCCGGGAUGGUCUUCUUCCCCAAGAUAAUGUCCUUGGAAAAUAUUGCACGAGCCAGUCACCUGCCCCUCUCCAGACGUCAGGACCUUAUGCAUGGGUUCACUUCCAUUCAGACAGCUCAAUGUCAGACAGAGGCUUUCAAAUCACGUAUAUAACAUUGCCAUCUGAGCCUGGCUGUGGGGGAAACUUUGUUGAUUCUGAAGGCUUUAUUCUCUCUCCCGGUUGGCCGAAUUCUUAUGUUGGAAACAAACUCUGCGUUUAUGCCAUCACGCAAUCACCCAGUGACCAAAUAAAUCUAAGAUUUACCCAUCUGGACUUGGAAAGUGACAGUGGAUGUACUUUGACAUAUAUUGAGAUUCGAGAUGGGAAUACAGAAACUGCCCCAUUGGUGGGCAAAUACUGUAAUAGCACGAUUCUCCCUUCUAUCACAUCGAGCUCAAACACACUUUGGGUGAAGUUUAAGUCUGAUGCCUCAGCAACAAGUUCAAGUUUUAGAGCAUUUUACCAAACUGCUUGUGGGGGUAUGCUCUCUGGAGAAGGAACCAUUCUGACACCCCAUUAUCCCAAUGCCUACUUCCGUGAAAGGACUUGUGAAUGGAUUAUUACUCAACCAGAAGGAGAAGUGGUUCUGCUCAACUUCAACUCAUUUGACAUUUCAAAUGCUACAGAUUGUAUCUCUAAUUAUGUUGAGAUAAGAGAUGGACCUUCUGCAGAAUCGACACUCAUUGGGAAAUACUGUGGCCCUGAUGUACCCCCACCAGCUCACUCCACACAGAGAUCCCUGUAUAUUAAAUUCACCACCGAUGCCUCAGAAACUAACCGGGGCUUCUCAGCUACAUAUAGCUCCCUGAUAGAGGGCUGUGGGGGAACACUUACUGGCCUGGAAGGUGCAUUUAAUAGCCCUAGUUACCCAAAUGUCUACCCACAUGGAGUUAACUGUAUGUGGUUUAUCACAGUCCCUCCUGGAAAUAUCAUACGAUUGACGUUCACAUCAUUUAACCUUGAGUUUUCUCACACAUGUUCAUAUGAUUACCUGGUAGUCUAUAGCAAUGUUACCGGAAGUAUAGGAGACCAGAUUGGAAGAUAUUGCGGACGGUCCAUUCCUCCAUCGAUUACCAGUAGUGACAACACAAUGAUGGUACACUUAGUCACGGAUAGUACUACAGCUACUGAGGGAUUUUCAGCUAAUUACAUAGCAAUAAAUGCAUCUACAGCCUGUGAUUUUACAUCAUCAGCACCAACCGGUGUAUUUACCUCUCCAAACUACCCUGACAACUAUCCCAAUAAUAAGGAUUGUGUCUACAAAAUCACGGUGGAGCAAAACAAACAGAUAGUAUUGAAUUUUACUCGUUUUAUCUUGGAGAUCACCACAAAAUGUGAAAAGGAUUAUGUGGAAGUCAGAGAUGGAGGCUACGAAACGUCCCCAUUAAUCGGCCGAUUUUGUUCUCAGUCACCUCCAGUAAUUGUGUCCCACAGCAACAAACUUUGGAUCAAGUUUAGAAGCGACAUGAGUUUCACAUACAGUGGAUUCUCGGCUCACUGGGACAGCGCAUUAACAGGUUGUGGUGGGACCCUUACAUCAGUGUCUGGAAGCUUUAUGUCUCCAAAUUACCCCAUGCCAUAUUACCACAACUCCGAGUGUUACUGGCUGCUGAAAGCCUCUGGUGGAAGCAUCCUAGAAAUCCAGUUUGAGUAUUUUCAUUUAGAGACUGAUUUAAACUGCCGUCAUGAUUAUCUUGCUUUCUACAAUGGCAAUAACACAAGUUCACAGUUACUGGCAAAGUAUUGUGGAAAUCAACUGCCAGAUCCAAUCCGAUCCACUGCAAGCAAUGUCUAUGUAAAGCUAAGAACUGAUAAUUCUGUAUCAUACCGUGGUUUCCUGGCUUCAUACAUGCAAAUCUGUGACGGAGUUGUAAUUGCUAACCGUAGUCAUGGAAUCUUGGAGAGCUUAAAUUAUCCCAACUCGUAUCCUUUGAACCAACACUGUAACUGGACCAUACAAACAACAUCUGGGAAUACAAUCAACUAUACAUUCACAACGUUUGAUGUAGAAAGCAGUUUAAGCUGUGGAUAUGAUUAUGUUAAGCUGUAUGACGGACCUAAUGACCAAGCUCCACUAAUUGGAACAUAUUGUGGCAAAAGUUUGCCCCCUUCGGGAAAUACGAACAGUUCAAAUCUCCAUGUGGUUUUCCAUUCAGAUGAAACAACUGUCAGAAAUGGGUUUCAGAUCCUGUGGUAUAUGAAUGGAUGUGGUGGCGAAUUAUCCGGUCCAAAUGGCUCCUUUAACAGUCCUGGGUACCCAAUGAAAUACCCCGAUAAUCGAGAAUGUGUUUGGUACAUACAGACAUCUCCAGGAAGCAGCAUCCAAAUCACAAUUAUGGAGUUCAGUAUAGAGUUUCAUUCAACGUGUAAUUACGAUGUGCUGGAGAUUUAUGGUGGACAUGACUUAUCCUCCCCAAGACUAGCUCAAUUAUGUGCACCUCGACUUCCAGGGAAUCCACUGCAAGUCUCUAGUACCGGCAAUGUAGUCACAGUUCGAUUCAAGAGCGACGCAUACGUCAGUGGCAGAGGAUUUAAUGCAACUUGGCGUGAAAUUCCUGGAGGUUGUGGAGGAGUGGUUCAGGCAUCGAGUGGGGAGAUCCAUUCUCCAAACUAUCCAAGGCCUUAUGAUGACAACACAGAAUGCUCCUGGCUUAUCCGAGUUGACAGCGGACACCGAGUCACCCUCAACUUCACAGACUUUGAUAUUGAAUCUCAUAGAUCAUGCAAUUAUGAUUCUGUUUCUCUUUACGAUGGUGAAGACAGUGAAGCACCACUUAUACAAGUUUUAUGUGGAAGUCAACUUCCCAGUCCUUUAACAUCAACUCAAAAUACAAUGUUUGUCCUGCUAAGAUCUGAUGGAAGCAGGCAGCAUAGAGGAUUCAGUGCUCGAUUUAGUGAAGCAUGUGGAAGUGUCAUAACAUCUGAUUCAGUUGGUGGAACUAUUGCCUCUCCUUUGUAUCCUGCCAAAUACCCAAACUUUCAGGAAUGCGUCUGGAUUAUCCAUGCCCAGGAACCUUUUAAUCACAUCACACUUUCAUUCACGGACUUUAACACUGAAGACAAGAACCGUAAUUGUACAACAGAUUAUGUGGAGAUAUUGGAUGGGGAUAACUAUGAUUCACCUGUUCAAGGACGCUACUGUGGUAGUACGAUUCCUCAUCCUAUCACGUCCUACAGCAAUGCCCUUGUGGUAAAAUUUAUCUCAAACAAUGCUACCAGUGCUAAAGGCUUUCAUGCAACGUAUGCAGCAUCAACAUCAGCAUGCGGGGGUACAUUACACAUGGAAACAGGAGCCUUCAACAGUCCGAACUAUCCCGAGGGUUAUCCUGCAAAUACAGAGUGUAUUUGGAAUAUUCUGAGCUCUCCUGGCAACCGGCUCAUGCUUUCUUUCAUAUCCUUUAAUAUGCAAGCUAGUGAUGGCUGUCAGAAUGAUUACUUGGAAGUUAGAGAAGGAAAUGAAACUGGUGCAUUUAUAGGACGCUAUUGCGGAGAUUCACUGCCAACUAAUAUUACAUCCAUCGUUGGACACGUCCUGUGGAUUAAGUUUGUCUCGGAUGCCACUGUCAGUGGCUCUGGGUUUAGGGCCACAUUUUCUCAUUUAUUUGGGAAUAAUAUUUUAGGAAGCCAAGGUCAAAUUGCUUCUCCGCUAUGGCCCAGGAAUUAUCCUCAUCAUUCAAACUAUAUUUGGACAAUCAGCGUGGAUUCCUCUCAGAUAAUUCAGGCUAGAGUUUUGGAGAUUGACAUUGAAGAAGAUACUGGCUGCAACUAUGACAAAUUAAAAAUUUACGAUGGUCCUGACAUUCACUAUCACUUACUUGGAACAUUCUGUGGAGUUACCCCACCUCCUUCUUUAUUCUCCUCCGGCAGUUCAAUGACUGUUCAGUUUAUCAGCGAUAGCAGUGUGAGCAAGAAAGGCUUUCUACUGGAAUGGUUUAUGAUUGAGAUACCUUCUGGGCCAUUACCGACCAUAGCACCAGGUGCCUGUGGUGGCAGGUUAAUAACUGGAGAGACUCCUUUAUUUUUCUUCUCCCCUGGAUGGCCAAAUAACUACCCAACUCAUCUCGACUGCACUUGGGUCAUCAGAUCCCCAGAGUCCACGGUGGAGUUAAACAUCUUGACUGUGGAUAUUGAAACACGCGGUUCAUGUAAUUAUGACAAAUUGGUCAUAAGAGAUGGAGACAACAACAAUUCUGCAGAACUUGCCACAGUCUGCGGCCGAGAAAUCCCAGGACCAAUCAGAUCAUCCGGAGACACCAUGUUUAUCAGAUUUACCUCUGAUUCGAGUACUUCUGGAAGGGGCUUCAACGCAUCUUACCAUAAAAGUUGUGGAGGAUAUUUACACGCAAAUAGAGGAAUCAUUUCAUCUCACAAUUAUCCGGAGAACUACGCACCAAAUCUCAAUUGUACCUGGCAUGUAGUAGUCACAGAGGGCUUCAUUAUCAGUGUUGAUUUUGAGCGAACAUUUGAAAUUGUAAACAGCAAUGCAGACUGCAGCACUGGCGACUAUAUCGAACUAAGAAACGGUCCUGAUCAGUCAUCACCUCCAUUAGGGACCAUAUCAGAAAAUGGGAAAUUCUGUGGCACCAACACUCCAUCUACCAUGCAUACGAGUGACCACGAGCUAUUUGUUCGCUUUAUUUCUGAUAGCAGUAACGAGGGCAAAGGAUUCAAACUCAAAUACCAGGCAAAGAGUCUGGCAUGUGGAGGAACCAUUUAUGUCACCGAUUCAAAUACCACUGGAUAUGUUACAUCGCCAAACUAUCCUAACAAUUACCCUCAAAACGCUGAUUGUACAUGGACCAUUAUAGUACCAAACGGAGAAGCCGUGCAGCUUAAUUUUCUAGACCGGUUUCAUAUAGAAUCAUCUGACAGCUGCAGCUCCAAUUACCUGGAAUUGCGUGACGGAGCAGACUCCAGCGCCAGGCUUCUGGCGAAGCUGUGUGGAAGUGAUCUACCAGUCACCUACAAAUCCUUGGGCACCACGAUGUAUUUGAGAUUUAGAACCGACGGCAGCCCAGCACGGACAGGAUUUAAUGCCAUGUAUUCCAUAGCUACUUGUGGAGGAACCCACUAUGGACAAACUAGCAUUAUACAGAGCCCAGGAUACCCAACACAUUCCUACCCAGCGGGUUCUGUGUGUGAAUGGUACUUCAAUGGACCAACUGGACAUUACCUCACGAUACGAUUUGAAGAUCUGGAUCUUGAAAACUCUACAAACUGUUUAAAAGACUACAUUGAAAUCCGUGAAUAUAAUAGUUCUGGAAGAUUAUUGGGAACCUUUUGCAACAACAUAGUACCAGGUGACCUCGUGACUUCUGACAGUUUUGCUUACGUCAAGUUUGUUACCGAUGAAUCUGUGAAUUCCAAGGGUUUCCGACUGAGCUACGAAGCAAGCACUGAAGAAUGUGGUGGAGAUUAUACCGGAACCACUGGCACCCUGCGUUCUCCUAACUACCCCAACUUGUACCCUCACAAUCGUGUGUGUGAGUGGAGGAUCACAGUACCUGAGGGGAGGCUUGUCACUCUCACCUUUAAUGAUCUAAAACUUCAAGACACACAAAACUGCGACAAUGACUAUGUUGCUGUAUAUAAUGGUUUGCAGAGCCAGUCGCCACUUAUAGCCAAACUGUGCAGUGACAAAACCCCAGACACAGAGGUGAGGUCUUCAGGCAACACAAUGAAAGUUAUAUUUGUGACGGAUGGGUCGGUUUCCAAUGGAGGCUUUUUGGCUACUUAUAGUUCAUCAGAAGAUGCAGUUUGUGGAGGAUCACUUAUAGAACCUAAUGGAGGAAAUUUCACAUCCCCUGGUUAUGAUCGAGUCAACAAUUACACAAAGAAUUUGAACUGUGAAUGGGUCAUUCAGAACCCCAAUCCUCUGACCUCAUCAACAUUUAUCUCAUUUGAACGCCUACAACUGGAAAAACAUCAGAACUGUCAAAAUGAUUUUCUGGAGUUUCGAUUGGAUAAUGCAGAUGGAGAACUAAUAACCAGGGUUUGUGGCCAGACCAUGCCCUCAGUCCCUCUUGUUAUUGUAGCUUCUCAGAUUUGGGUGCGUUUUGUGAGUAAUUCUGAGGUGGAAGAUAUUGGAUUUCAUGCCAAUUACGUAUUUACAGACUGUGGUGGGAUCCAAAGUGGUGAAAUGGGGGUCAUAGCCAGCCCUAAUUACCCUAACCCAUACCAUAAUAUGAGCCACUGUUCUUGGCUCCUGGAAGCACCAGAAGGUCAUACCAUCUCUCUGUCCUUUGGAUACUUUGACGUGGAACAUCACCCGGUCUGCCGUUGGGAUUCUGUCACUAUAGUCAACGGUGCCUCGCCAGGGUCGCCACUGAUAGGGCAAUAUUGUGGCACAACGUCUCCUGGAACCAUUCAAUCAGGAUCCAAUAAAAUGAUGGUGAUCUUCAAUUCAGACAAGUCUUUGCAAGGUGGAGGAUUUUACGCCAACUGGACCACAGAUUCCUUAGGUUGUGGAGGACACAUUCAUGCUGCGAGUGGUAGCAUCAAAACUCCGGGUUGGCCUCAAAACUUCCCUCCCAACAGCAGGUGUACAUGGACAAUACAGGCACAUGAGAGCAGUCACCUUGAAAUGACCUUCAACAACAACAACUUUAAUAUCCCAGACAACAGUGGACAAUGUGAGAGGAGCUACGUGAAGGUAUGGAGUGGUACCGAUGAAACCCAGGACGCCCUAUUGGCAGUGGGUUGUGGGAAUUUAGCUCCUGCUCUUGUCAUUUCUCCAAGAAGUGUGAUUAAAGUCACUUUCCAAUCACAAGACUCUCCAGGAAGGGGUUUCUCCGCCUCGUUUAUCAGCAAAUGUGGUGCUAAUUUCACACAGUCGAGUGGACGCAUAGUUUCUCCAAACUACCCAAAUAAAUAUGACAACAACUUGAACUGCGACUAUAGAAUCCUCACCUCCUCCAAUAUGUUUAUUGUUCUGAGCUUUCAGAAUUUCGAGCUUGAAUCCAGUCCUUCCUGUAGUAAAGACAGAGUAAAAGUUCUGAGUGGUACAUCUACAGUGGCAAAUCUCUGUGGAACCUCAAUCCCAGCGCCUGUCAGCACCAGAGGAUCAAUGUUACUUAACUUCUACACCAGCCCUGAUGUAACCAUGCAUGGAUUUAUGGCGAGAUACAGCAUGAUCCCUUGUGGAGGAACUUUUAAUCGUUCUUCAGGCGUCUUAAGGAGUCCAACACAUUCUUUUACUAACUACCACAACAAUAUGAACUGCACAUACAGCAUUACCGUCCAAGAAAACCGAAUUAUCGAACUGAGAUUCAACCAGUUUGAACUGGAGGCUGCAACGUCCUGUUUGUAUGAUUAUGUUGCUGUUUACGACGGUUCAAGUAUUUACAGUAAUCGACUUGGCAAAUUCUGCGGGAAAGUCCUGCCACCGGUUUUAAGAAGCACCAGCAAUAAUAUGUUGGUCGUGUUUGUUACUGAUAGUCAGGUAACAGAAGGUGGAUGGAGAGCGUCUUUCAGAGAGACGUUGGGACCUCUACAAGGAUGCGGUGGUUACCUUUCUGAUGCAACUGGUAUUGUCGGAUCGCCUGACUCAAAUUUUGAUGGGAAAUAUGAAAAAAAUUUAGACUGUGUUUGGAACAUUGUGGCUCCAGUAAACAAACAGAUCAACCUGACAUUUACGGCAUUUGAACUGGAAGGGCAGAGUUCAGGAAGAUGUGUUUAUGACUUUGUAAAAAUUUUUGAUGGUGGUAGCCUUAAUAGCACGUUACAAGGUACUUUCUGUGGAUCCAAUAUUCCUGCCUCUUUCCUUUCUUCGAGCAAUCUCCUGACCCUUUGGUUUUUUACCGAUUCAACCGCAGAAAGUGCAGGUUUCAAUGCAACAUAUGCAACUACUGACAUAAUAUGUGGCGGAAUCUAUAAUGCUUCAUCCGCUUUGACAACUACAACUUCACCAAAUUCCUAUCCUCCGUUCACGACUUGUAUUUGGACAAUUGAUGCACCAGAGAAAGAAAAUGUGAAGGUGGACGUACAGACAUUUCAUCUUCAGCCCAAUCUAGACUGUUCGGAAAAUUAUUUAGAACUGAAAGACUCGCCAGUGGGAAAUCAUGGACAAGUCCAUAAGUUUUGUGGAGCUGAAACGUUGAAAAUCGCACCAUUUUACACAUAUAGCCGGACAGCUGUUGUCAUUUUCAAGUCACAAGAAUACGCACCUGGCAAUGCGCUUAGUUUUACCUACCAGAUUGCAAACUGCAGCCGUGAAUAUAACCAAACACACGGUUAUUUGAAAAGUCCAGGCUGGCCUGCGAGUUAUCCGCACAACACAGAAUGUACCAUUAUUCUUCGAGCUCCCCCAGGCCACAGCAUUUCUCUUUUCUUUGAUGCAUUUAAUUUGGAGGGCUAUUCUUCCUGCUCCGACUACCUAGAGGUUAGAAAUGGCAGUGACUCUAAUGCCCCAGUGAUUGGCAAGUAUUGUGGGACUAAUCUGCCUAACCCCAUCUUUCCGAAAAAUAAUGUUCUACACCUGUUUUUUAAAAGUGAUAUAGUAAUUAAUCGCCAUGGCUAUGAAAUCACUUGGACGUCAUCCCCAACUGGGUGUGGAGGACCUCUGUUUGGGGAUCACGGCUCCUUUACAAGUCCUGAUUAUCCUGGCAGCUAUAGCAACAACACAGACUGUGAAUGGAAUAUUGUUGCUCCUCGGGGGAAGACGAUUAAAUUACAGUUUGCUGCUUUUAGUAUCGAUGACUCUGGAAGCUGUGAAAAUAAUUACCUAAAAGUUUACAAUGGACCAGAUUCCAGCUUCCCGCUGAGUGGACAAUUCUGUGGAAUGGGACAGAAUAUCGCUCCAAUUAACUCCACCUCACACGAAAUAUUCAUUAAGUUCCAUGCAGAGUCGGUGAUUCUCCCCUCCGGCUUCAGACUGACAUGGAGCACCUAAAAGAGAAGCUUCGCUUUGCGAGAGUCGAACGAAAAGCUCUUGAUUCUACGCCAGAAACGUGUUUUAUCGGAACAGCAUCCGCACUCGAUAAACUGCCGCUAAAUAACCUUUACGUCUCAGACCCACCACGCGUGACAUCAUACACGCAGCUGUGUAAAUUCUCUGUAAAUAAAACGUGAUUAAAGACGA